ACUGUGUCAUUCUUGGUUCAACAUUUAUUGCUCAAAAUCCUUUUUACAUAAAAUCUGAUGACUCAUUGGCCACAUUUAAUAGGGUUUGUCAUUGAAGGUCAUCUCUGUUUGCUAUAAGUUGAUAAGCACGAAUUUGCACGGCCAUUUCUUGGUGUUCUUCAUUGGAUUGUGUAGAAGAGAAGAGAUGGGUUUGGCGAUAUCAGAUGAGUUGCUGGGAACCUUUGUUCCGAUUGUUGUUUAUUGGAUUUAUUCAGGGAUUUACAUGGUUUUGGGGUCAUUUGAGAAUUACAGAUUGCAUCCAACGCAAGAUGAGGCAGAGAAGAAUCUGGUGUCCAAGGAGAAAGUCAUCAAAAAUGUUCUUUUGCAACAGACCAUUCAAGCUAUUCUAGCUAUCUUUUUAUAUAAGGUGACAGGAAAUGAGGCUGGUGCUUCCAAAAGUCAAUCAUCUUCCCUUACUGAUAUUGCAAGACAAUUUGUUAUAGCAAUGCUUGUUUUGGAUACAUGGCAAUAUUUUAUGCAUAGAUAUUUCCACCACAACAAGUUCUUAUACCGCCACUUUCAUUCUCAUCACCAUAGGCUUGUUGUUCCCUAUGCAUUUGGUGCCAUUUACAAUCACCCACUGGAGGCUUUUGCCUUUGACAUAAUUGGUGGGGCUUUAUCUUACUUCCUCUCCGGUAUGUCUCCUCGAACUUCAAUACUUUUCUUCUCCUUUGCCACCAUCAAAUCAGUGGAUGACCAUUGCGGAUUAUGGCUUCCUGGAAACCUCUUCCACCUCUUCUUUUACAACAAUUCGGCAUAUCAUGAUGUCCACCACCAUCUAUAUGGAGGCAAAUAUAACUUCUCUCAACCAUUCUUCGUCAUGUGGGAUAGAAUCAUGGGAACAUACAUGCCUUAUUCACUUGAGAAGAGAGCCGAAGGAGGGUUUGAAGCUAGGCCUACUAAAAGAGCAAAUGAAUGAUAUGAAUAUU